GGGAGGGGGUGUUGGGGUUGGGGUGUGGCAGGCUUAGGUAGAGGGUGGCCACGGAGGACGGCCGGCCCUGGCGCUGGGGGCAGAGGGGCUCCGGCUUUGUUGGGUUGAUUUCGGUUUUUAAUCAAAGCAAUCCUGUUUUUCUCGCAUCACAACACGGCGUGGGGGUCAGCCCGGUGCGGGGGCACCGGCGGGAGGUGAGGUGGAGAGCCGACCCCUGGGCGUGGGGUGUCCGGGAGCCGGGGGGGGGGUCCCCGCAAGCACGGGGUGUCCAUCGCCGGGACUUCUCGUGGGGGGCGGUGCCGGGUGGGCCGCGUGGCUGCGCGCAGCGGGCUGGGGGCUGCCAGCAGGGAGAGGUGGAAGGGAUAGAAAGAAAAGGGAAAAGAGAGAAAGAAAGUAAAAAAAAAGGACAAAAAAAAAAAAAAAAAGGGGAAAAAAAAAAAACAAGGAAAAAAGCGCCAGGAACAGCGAACGGCCGGAACCAUCGGGGAAGUCUCGGAUCUAAUUUUUUUACUAAAUUUUUGAUACAGCCUCAAAUUGUUUUAUUAAAAAAGAAAAAGCAUUAAAGAUGGGUAACGCUGACAGCAGUCUGUUGGGCUCCGCUUCUUGGGGCGGCGUCCCGCCGGCCCUUCCGCGCUCCGUCCCUGCCCCGCACCGCACCGCCCCGCACCGCCGGGCGCCCUCCGCGGCCGCGGCUCCUCCCGCCCCGCGACGGCGCGUAGCGGCACCGCCCGCGUUAUGGCGCCCCCUGCCGGCCGCGCCGCCCCGCGUCCCGCGCCCCGCCCAGCGCGGCGCCGCCAUGUCGGGAGCGCCGGGCCCGGGGCGCGCCCCGCUGCCCUGCACCGCCCGCCCCGCCGCCCCCCUGCAGCUGCCCGGGGGGGCCGAGGCGGCGCGGCCCGGCGUGGCCGUCAUCGACGUGCGCUUCCCCCGCGGCAGCGCGGCUGACGUGCACGAGAUCGUCUUCAAGAACUUCUACACCGCCUUCCUGAGCGUGCGGGCGCAGCGGGCCGGGCCGCCGGGGCCCCGCAAGUGGGUCACCUGCCUCCGCGACCUGCGGCUGAUGCCGUGCCCGCACACCGAGCCGGGCGCGCAGGACUACUUCUCGCUCCGCCGCUCCCAGAUGCUGUGCGACAUGGAGCAGGUGACGGCGCUGCGCUUCAUCCUGCGGCAGCCCUCCCCGGCGUGGCUGCACUUCGGCAUCGAGGAGCUGCAGCUCUUCCCCCCCGGCAGCAAGACCCCCCCGCAGGACGUCCCCUCCUGGCUGUCCCAGCUGAGCCCCCCGGAGCAGCCCCCCAGCCUGCACGGGGAGCUGCCCGACCCGGAGAAGGUGGCGGCGGAGGUGCAGCAGAUGUGGGCGCUGACGGAGGUGGUCCGCGCUCGCCAGGCGGCCGCGCGCAUCGGGCGCUUCGACGUGGACGGCUGCUACGACGUCAACCUGCUGUCCUACAGCUGAGCCCCGCCGGGUGCUCCCGGAGCCGGCGUGGAUGCUGCAACUGAUGGACUCCGACCCGGCCUUUGCCCCACUACCUCCCGUGCCGCCCUCCGGCCGUGCCCCGCAGCGCCGCCUCCACCACCCGCGGGCUCGGUUGGAGCCCGGCCCCCGCGCGUUCCGCGGCCGUGGCUCUGGAUAAAGGCUGCUACCGCGC